CCGGUGAGAUAGAGACGUAGGACAAACCGACCCUAAGAUAUUACCUAGUCUCAUGAAAUAAGGAAUGUCUCUUUUAGACGGGAGGUAGUGGGACGAAACACGACUCCUCUCGAGUGAUAAUAUUCUGCAUAGUCGCGAGAUAAUCGCGGUUGCUCCCAUCGGUUUCAGUUGGCUGUAUCCUCGGGUAUCACAACAAAAGAAGGCAAGAGGAAUAACGAGGAAGGAAACACGAACGAACCCUUUACAACCGUACCGCCCACACAACCGCCACGAUGUCCCUAGGUCCCCUAACAACAACUUUCACGCCGCUAUCGGACUGUACCGCGUCCUCGGCACUCUACUGGGUGAACACGCAAUCCACAUUCUACUGGCUCCACGGCAAACCUCUACAAUCAUCAUGCUUCCCCGACUCCUACUCGCCGUAUCAAAACCAGUACUACUCACCCGGGAUAUGUCCCGUGGGGUACACGCGAGCAUGCGAAUUCGCGUCGACGAAUAGCGAGGGAAGUAUAGAGGCUACGAGGGCGACUUGUUGUCCACAAGGAAAUUACGUAUGCGCCUCGACGUCCAGCAGCUACAGCUACCCAUGGGGACCCAGUCUGGGCUGUAUGAGCGUGUAUAGGGUUGACACGGAAACAAGCUUCACGACGAUCGAGGGAACACUAGCUGGAGGCGAGUCGGCGGGCGACAUCAUGAGUUUACGAGCACCGGGUACUAUCAUGGCGUACGGUGUUAUCAUCCAAAAUAGCGGCGCGACGGCAACGACAAGUUCGUCAAUAACAUCAAGUACGGGGUCAACAUCGAGUGGUUCUGCCGUGGCAUCCGAAACAGGGGCUUCGGCAUCGGAGACAGACUCUAAUAGCGAUGGAAACAAGAGCAGUGGUGGAUUAAGUGCUGGCGCCGCGGCCGGCAUAGGAAUCGGAGCGGCGUUGGGUGUCCUAGCAAUAGUCGGUUUAAUAUUUUGGCUAUUCUGGUCGAGGCGGCGUAAGAGAAAGCAGCAACUAGUGGAACUAGAAUCGGAGCAAUACAGUCAGCAGCAUCCAGGUUCUUGGGGCGAGAGUACGACGACAUGGGGAUCAACGCCGUAUCCACAACAACAGCAGCAACAAUACUAUAUGCCGACAGUGAAUUGGCUACCCCCGGACCCGAAUGAGCCUCCCAAGGAGAUGAGCGCCGAACAGCAAGUGCCUAUCGAGAAAGAUGGUAGGAAUCUGCAGUACCAAUACCCGCUUACAGACCGGGUGAUAGGACCUGGGGGUUAACGUAACCAGCAUAAUGAAGAACCAAAUAUAAUAGUUUAGAUGCCAAAGUAUAUAACAAAGUGCAAAGUAUUUAACG